AUGAGCGAGCGCGCCUCUAGCAUCCUGUACGUCGACACCGGCGGCGCGUUCCUGGAGUCCAAGAGCGGUGCGUUCAGGGCUGCCAUGGUCAACCCCGGGAAGCAGCAGGGCAGGUUCUACCUCGUCGUCCUGCACGCCCCGUCCGCCACGGUCGUCUGGUCGGCCAACCGUGGCACGCCGACGACGUCGUCGGGCCCGGUCCAGCUCACCGCGCAGGGGCUCACCGUGUCGGACCCCAGUGGAAAGGUGCUGUGGUCCACGCCGUCGCAGCUGGGGUCGCCCAUCGCGGCGCUGCGGCUGCAGGACAGCGGCAACCUGCAGCUGCUGGGCGCCGGGAAUGCCACGCUGUGGCAGUCGUUCAAUGCCGCCACAGACACGCUGCUCCCGGGGCAGCAGCUGCGCGCCGACGCGUACCUGGCGGCGGCGGAGAGCGCCACCGACCUCGCGGAGGGGGACUACCGGCUCGCCGCGACGACCGCGGACGUGGUGCUGACCUGGCAGGGCUCCACGUACUGGCGGCUGUCGAACGACCUCCGGUCCUUCAAGGACCGCAACGUCGCGGUGGCGUCCGUAUCGGUGAACGCGUCGGGGUUGUUCGCGGUUGCCGCCGACGGCGGCCUCGUGUUCCGUGUUGACCUCGCGGCUGGAGCGUUCCCCGUGCUGAAGCUGGGAUACGACGGCCGGCUGCGCAUCACGGGCUACCCGCUGGUGAACUCCUCGGCGUCGCUCGGAGGCGACUUCGUGGUGCUGGCCAACGACUGCGAUCUGCCGCUGCAGUGCCCGCCUCUGGGGCUCUGCUCGCCGACCGGCGACGGUGUCUGCGUGUGGCGGGAGAAGCCAACUGCUCCUAGUCGGAAGUUUCCGCGCCGCCUCCGUCCCUUCACGCGCCGCGUCGCCGGCGUUGUUCUUGCCUCCGGCGGCCCGCCGCCUCCCCGCGAGGCCGCGCCACCGCCCCGAGAUGCCGGUGCGGCGCCCGCAGGCAAGCUCGAGGCGCAGGAGAGCGCCACUGCACGAGCUCCAUGCCACCAUGGCUGCUGA